UAUUCGUUUAUUAUCGUUGCUGUUUUUUUUUUUUAAUUCUAAAUUUGUUAUGAAAACACCGCCAUGUUCGGUCCGCCGUCGUGAAAGAGUGCGCGUUAGUGAGUGGAAACAAUUGGUAUAGUAUUAAUAAAAUAUAGUGUUUGCCGAUGCGGUGGUGAUAAUGCCGUUGUCGUUCAAGAAGAUCUUCUCGCGCAAACUGCUGUUCAGCCCUUCCAAAGCGAUGGGAAGCACGGCGUCGCAUCACGAACCUCUGGACCGGAUCGGCGGCAACCAGACCGGCUCGUCUUUCCGACGGGCGGCCAGCUGUCGACACAGCAAAUCCAAGAGUGGACGGUCUCCAUCUAAAAUGGAUCGAUUGCGACGGAGUUUUCGAGAUAGCUUCAGACGUCGAAAGGAUCUAGGAAAUCACACGGGAUCGCCAGGCCAUCAUUCUAACCCUAAACCACACUUGUGGGCCAUGGACGAAGCGGAAGUCCGGGCCGGAAUAUGUUCCUUUCAUGUUAAGUAUUUGGGCUGCGUAGAAGUAUUUGAAUCAAGAGGCAUGGAAGUUUGUGAAGAAGCUUUAAAAACUCUUAGGGCAUCACGUCGCAGACCAGUACGAGCAAUAUUCUACAUAUCCGGAGACGGACUGCGUGUUGUAGAAGAAGAAACGAAGGGUUUAAUAGUAGAUCAAACAAUUGAAAAAGUUUCGUUUUGCGCUCCGGACCGAAGUCAUGAAAAGGGCUUUUCCUAUAUAUGUCGAGACGGGCUCACUCGUCGAUGGAUGUGCCAUGGUUUUGUUGCACUUAAAGAAUCGGGUGACCGAUUAAGUCAUGCAGUGGGGUGUGCUUUCCAAGAAUGUCUGAUUAGAAAAAACAAACGUGAAGAAGAGUGCUCAGUAACCAUGACCUAUGAUCAAAAAACGUCUGUUUUCACAAGGACCGGUAGUUUUAGAGCACAAUCUUUAACUGAACAACAGACGGAGCCCAACAUACCAGUUAAUGCACCUCCUCAACCUCCCCCCUUUCUUCAUUCUAAUAGCAAAGAAUUACCAGUUUCAACAGUGAAACCACUACAACAAAAUAUCACGACGCCUAAAAUUAGCACUAAAGCAAUUGAAAGACCUCAUGCGACACUAUCGAUGUUACAACGCCAAGGAUCUUUCCGUGGAUUCUCUCAACUUAACCAAGCCUCGCCUUUUAAAAGGCAGCUGUCACUCAGAAUAUCUGAAUUACCGUCAAACCUAGAAAGGACGAGGUCAAUGAGCUUGCAGCCAACGGGCAAUCUACAGACACCCUCUAAUAAAUUUAUGGAACUUUCCAGUCAAGUAAGCCCAAUUCCGGAAGUAUCACCUCAUAGUGAAAAGUCAAUGUCAACGACAGAUCAAGUCACUGCCAUGUGCCAACAAAUGUCGUUAGAGUUGGCUUUUCUUACAAACAGCACAGACAAUGAUGAUUUUCCAGAGAAAUUUAAGUCAAACGAUUUUGAAAAUACUCCAAAACAAGGUCCAAUUACUGGGAGUGAAGCGUUUCUGGCAAGUAUUUCAAAAAAGUCAUCUUUCCCUCACACUCAAAGUAACCCGUCUACACCAAAACCAGAGUGUCGAAUCAGCCCUCAACAAGACGAAGGCUUUGAUUCUGGCUCCAGUCUGUGGAACCUAAACAACAAAGCAGUUACUCCACCGACUCCACCUGCUACUCCUCCUUCUUCGUUACCGAGACCAGAACAGUGGUUAGGUAAAGUAGCUGCUGUAACUUUGCAAUCAACAGAACCACAAGUGACACCCAAAAGACAUCCCCACUUAGCAGCACAUAGCCGUGCGUAUUCUCUGGACACUGCUGAAGACGUUUACCGCUCUAAAUAUAACAGUAUGUCUGCUAAUCCUUUUGAUCCCAACUACAUUGCCCCAAAACAAAACACUAACCCGUUUUUAAGUAGUCCAAUAGCAGCGGGUCAAAACAAAACUGUGAAAACGUUUGAAGUUCAAAUGUGAUACAAUUAUGUUGUAUUUCUGACGAUGAGUUAAUUUAUAUUUUAAAAGACUACCUAUAUUGGACGUAAUGGAAUAAUUGUUUAUUGAAAAUAUCUUUAUACUUUGCAUAGUUUUUGGUUAAAAAUAUGUACUUCAUUUUAAUUGAAUCUAAAAGCGUGCAAUGAUCUUCAAAACAUUUACUACAAUACUUAAUAUUUAAUUUAAUUUUAAAAAAUAUAAAAAAACGCAGAAAAACUUAAGUUCUUCUCGGUAGUUAGAUAAAUUUAAUAAUUUACAAACUUUUAAAGUAUAUCUAUUUAAAAGUUUACUCAACUCAAGAGUAUUGACAACUAUUCUUCUUCUUAAACAAAAAAUUUAUUAAUGUCAACCACCAUCUAUUAAAACUUUAAGUUGCGUACUUAAUAAGGCGAAAAUUUCACUUUUGCCUUGUUCUAGCAAUAGUUUAAAAAAUAGUUGGCCAAUUAAAAUAUUAAAUAGUUUUAUAAAAACAAAUGCAACGUCUUCAAAUCAAUAUUUUGAAGAACAUGGCAUGUUUUGAUAUUUUUAAUGUACAUCUAUAUGAAGUAUUACGGUACAUACCUAAAUAGUGAUUUAUACGUUAUCGUAACUCAUACAUAUCAAUAUUUUUUUAAUGUUUAAAUAUUAAGAUUCAUGCAAUGUUUAAUACUAUCAAUGGUAUGCUUACAGUUAAGGGUACUCACGAAUUUUGAUAUAACGUAGUCAAUGAUUUAUCUAUAAAUUGUUGUUCUCGGCCUUAUUGUAGAACACAUUAAUUUAAUCACUAGAACACUUAGUACAAUACAAUUAUUUUCACAUUAAAUAACUAUAAAGGGAGAAAAUGUUUUAGAACAUAUUAUAUUUACAUACAUAUUAUAGCAAUGUAAAGAUUAUAACAAAUUAGUGUUUCUUCGAAAAUUGUAUAAUUGAUUUUGUUAUUGUGUUCUUGAGAACUAAAGAUACCAUUAACUAUUUCACCGACAAUGAUGAACCAAAAUUGUAUGUGUAACAUGAUACAUAAAAAAAUCAAAAAUUAUGUACUUAUUCUUCUCUGCUCCUGUUAGAUUGAAAAAAAUAUUAUCUCUUGAUGAUCGUUUUCCUAGCACUAAUUAUAGAGAUAAAUAAAUGUUGUACAUUUAUACUAUACCACUUAAAAAUUGAUUCCAUUUUUCUUUACACGUAUUAUUAAAUAUUUUCUUCUAUCCUUUCGCUUACGGUAUUACAGUACUUAUACAUAUGUAUAUAUGUAUUUACACACACAUUAACGUCUGACCGUCUUUCGUAGACAUUUGAGUUUAGCCCAUUCCAAAAAUUGUAUAACACGGUUGUUAAUACAAUCAUAUAGCUGCAUAUACUGAUAAGGAUUGCGUGCGUGUUCUGUGAUAUUUGUGUAUUCAAUAGUCUGUCUUUAUUAUUAUAUAUACAUAUACAUAUAUAUAUUUUUUUUCUAUUGGUACACAACAAUGUUUAUUAUUAUUAUUAUUAUUAAAUGUAUUAUACCUGUAUGUAUUAACAGUAAAUUUGCACUCGCUGCUGUUUGGAACUACAUGUAGUUCCGCAAAGGUAUUAUUAAUUUGUAUUUAAAUACAUAUAACUAAAUAAAAUAAAUAUAUAUAUAAUUAUAGGUUUUUAGUAAUUAGUAGUUUCGACGGUUAUUAUCAUUUUAAUUUAGUUGUUAAAUAGUAUACUUACAUAAUAUAAUAAUUUGUUAGAAUAGUUUGUAUCAUAAUUAUAUUUUCUUAAACAUUAUAUUUGAUACCUUAUACAUACCCUCAUAUGAUCGAUUGUAAUAUGUUUGUAAAAAGUAUUAUUUAUGUAGAUUCAGAACAAUUAACGUUGAUUGUGUGCCAAUUUGUACCUAUUUUAGUAAUGUUGGUGUGCGAUUAUAUUGUUUUUAAACUCCAAUUUCACUAGCGGGGCGGGGGCUCUUUACUAUGAUGGCACAUGAAUAAAUAUUUAUAGUUUGGGGGAUAUUAGUAUUAUAUUGUUGUUGUUGUUGUUGACGAUGAUUAUGAUAAUAGUUGGCAGCCAUUGAGUGUUUCAUAUAAAUGCCUAACAGACAGUAUUGUUCUUUUUUUAUUAUUAUUAUAAAAAUGGCUAAGUGCAAUUCAUUUUUACAAGUAUUGUAUUUCCACCCACAUUAAAAAACUUAACUAUUCAAUAUUAAAAAAAAAAAUCUACGCACAAA